AUGGAGAAGCACUUUUUAGGUCCUGAAGCAUCCCAGGACACCGCCAUUGUGAUACCCGAGGACAGCGAUGCAGAAGACGAGGGCUACGGGGGAGAAGAUUCCCACAGCCCGCAGUCAUACACAACAACUGCAACCAGCAUCGCAACCCAUUUUAGUGCGUUUCUUCGUUUUGGGACUUUUCCCGGGGCAAGCCCUGACAGUCAGCACAUAGACAGCAUGGGCACCAAACACAGUUCAACAGAGGCGGGUGCUGCAAUCACGAUGGGAAAUACGCCAACAGAGUCCCAGGUUGGAGUGGAAGGCGACUCUAUCCCGGUGUACGGCUCACAUUUGGACCCUUCUGCUGAUCCUGAGCCAAAUGCGCAAACUACGAACUCCACGUCUGCCGGCGAUGUCGACUUUGGUAGCCCCCCUACCAACACGAAAAGCCAGCCAUGUCAGACUAUGUCAGACGAGCAGCCUUUCACCGAAGCCAUCCCAGCAUCCAGCGAACCUGUUGCGAUAACUGCUGAUGACGGGUCUGACGAAGAAUCUGGCAAUUUGCAAAAUAGUCCCGUUACUCCCUCAAGGUGCACAUACAGUCCCAUGGUUCCCACUUCCGAGGUGAGGGCUCAGACGCCGCUAUCCGAUGGCGAAGUUUGCCUGAGCGCCGAGCAAGACGAUAUUACCAUUGUUCACAAUCCAUCCCUAUCACCAGCCCUGUCGACUGAAUUGCCACUAGAUCAAGGCCAAGACUAUGGCCGCAGGAGCCGCUCAUCUAGUGACACUGAAUCUGGCUCCUCGGAGGCCGAACCUGGAUCGCUACUGGGAACCUAA